AAGAAAUUGGAGCAUGUCGAACAUUAAAAAAGCAUUUAUUGGGUUUAAUUUGUUUAAAUUAACUUCUCUCUCGAAAGACCUUGAUUUAAAAUCCUAUUUGCGUCUGCUUGAUGUAAACAGAACGUUUUUAUUGAGGGAGCGCAAAAAAUUAAUGCAACAGUGAGAUCCUAGAUCUGUACGUUGGUGUAUUAUAUACGAGGAUAGUAGCCGGUUUCUGAUGUCCAAGUUUUUGACUUUGCAGAUAUCAGGAUGCUGUUCAGACAAAGCACAACGGGCCUGAGUUAUGUGUUCAUGUUGGUAGUUCUAUUAGCAGCACGAAUGAUUCCGUGUAGAAGUCAAAAGAAGUGUCCACUUUUUCAAAUCUGUUUUGACAAGGUGUGUAGGCAGCCGACGAAAGCAGACGCAGCUAAGAUUUUCCCGGGAAUUUUGAGAUCACCUGCAGACAUAAGUGGCAAAGUAGUAAGUGGUGAUGUGAGAGACAUCUCUAGAAUCGUGAGACCCUCUUGGGUCCUGCAACCUAGGGGACCACAGGGACCCUCAUCCAGUUCAAAAGGAUAUAAAAGGCCGUUGGCGGGGACGUAUGGGAAUCUGUUUUCAAGCUACGACCCCACACAACCAUAUCUGAUGUCACGCCAAUUGACCAAAAGGCAGUCUGAUAACAAUAAAUGCUGCGAAGGCAUUUCAGUGAAUUUCUGUCCAAGCGCCGACGAAUCAGGGAACUUCUUCACGGAGAUGGUAUCAGGAGAAAUACUGACCUGGAAACCUGUGCAAGACGGUGAUUGCAACAGCUUACAUCCAGACGGUCUUUUCCAAGUAUUCCCAAUUAAAAUGUGCACAUCUGCGACGGCGUGUGGAGCUUACAUAUGUAUUCAAGAAUUUCGGACAUACAACGUAUUAAUGGAAUGCUUCGGGACGAACUGCCCUUGUCAGCCGCUGCAGUUUAAACCUCUUGAAUUCCCCAGCGCUUGUCUGUGCAGCAAUGGAGCAGGUUGACCCCUCCCCAAGAAAAAUUCGUUCAAUUACCCAAGAAGAAAUUAAACUUUAAUUUAAAGGGCUUGAAGACAUAAUAUUAAUUCAUUUAUACUAAUUUUAUUUUAUUUUGUUUCUAUUUAAUUUACUUUUAUUUUCAAAUGACUGGAUACCGAUAGAGCGGGACGUGAUGUCUUCAAAAUAAACCGGAUAAUAUAAACACUCUGAAAUUAUUAAAUUGUCGAAAUAAAUAUAUUUAUCUCCCUUUGAUAUGAUAUCUUCAUUUUAAAAAAGUGUCUAAGCGAUAAAAAUAAUAAUUCAUGUUGCAAUAUUCUUUUUUUAAGAUGGCAAAGAAUUCCUUUAAGUAAGUAGACAAAUCCAAAUUUUAGCAAACAUUUGGUUAUUUCCCGCAGUGAAUGUUUAAGCAAAAGGUUAGAAUGAGAUUUUUGGACCAAAAACCUCUGUGAGACAGAGAACAGAAUGUUAGACCAUGGUCUAAUGAUCUUGAACAGAUAAUAGCUAAUGAUUAUUCCUCCUGUAUAAUGACAUUUUAUUAUAGUGUAAUGUAGUGUCUUAUUAUGUCUUCUUAUAUACAUAAUAAGACACUACUCUAUCAUGAAAGGUCAUUAUACAGUAGGAAUUAUCAUUAGCUAAUUAUGUAUAUACCUGGCAAACUGUAUAUAUUCUCCAGCGCAUGCCGGUGUAUAAGUUGCAACAGUUAUCAUAAUAACUGCUCUGGUUAGCACAAUGGU